AUGAUAAUGAACAACCAAACUGUCUUUUCCAAGUUCCUCCUCCUGGGCCUGCCCAUCCCCUCAGAGCACCAGCACCUGUUCUACACCCUGUUCCUGGCCAUGUACCUCACAACGAUCAUGGGGAACCUCAUCAUCAUCAUCCUCAUUUACCUGGACUCCCAUCUCCACACACCAAUGUACUUGUUUCUCAGCAACUUGUCCUUCUCUGAUCUCUGCUUUUCCUCUGUCACAAUGCCCAAGUUGCUGCAUACUAUGCAGAGCAAGGACAUAUCCAUCUCCUAUGCUAGCUGUCUGACACAAAUGUACUUUUUGAUGGUUUUUGGAGAUAUGGAGAGCUUUCUUCUUGUGGUCAUGGCCUAUGACCGGUAUGUGGCUAUCUGCUUCCCUCUUCAUUACACCAGCAUCAUGAGUCCCAAGCUCUGUGUGUGUCUGGUUCUGCUGUCUUGGAUGAUUACUAUGCUAUAUUCCAUGUUGCACACUCUACUCUUGGCUAGAUUGACAUUCUGUGAGGACAAUGUGAUCCCCCAUUUUUUCUGUGACAUAUCUGUCCUUCUCAAGUUGGCAUGCUCUGAUAUUUAUAUAAAUGAACUUAUGAUAUAUAUCUUGGGAGGACUUGUCAUUGUCAUUCCCUUCUUACUCAUUGUUGUGUCCUAUGUGCAAAUUGUCUUCUCCAUCCUAAUGAUUUCACCUACUCGGGUUAUUCACAAGAUAUUCUCCACCUGUGGUUCCCACCUGUCUGUGGUCUCACUGUUCUAUGGGACAAUUAUUGGUCUCUACUUAUGUCCAUCAGCUAAUAACUCUACUGUGAAGAAGAUUGCAAUGGCCAUGAUGUACACAGUGGUGACUCCCAUGCUAAAUCCCUUCAUCUAUAGCCUGAGGAACAGAGAUAUGAAAAAUGCCUUGAUUAGAGUCCUUUGCAAGAAGAAAAUCUCUUUAUAA